GGCUGUGGGUUUGAUUCCCAGGGAACACACGCAUGCAUAAUGAAUGCAACAUUUAGACGAUGUUUUAAUGUGUUUUAUUCCUGUGUGUUUGUCAGGUGACAGAUAAGUCUGUGCAGGCGUUUGCGGAGAACUGUCCGGAUCUGCAGUUUGUGGGCUUCAUGGGCUGCUCGGUGACGUCUCAGGGUGUCAUACACCUCACCCGGCUGCAGCACCUGAGCAGUCUGGAUCUGCGGCACAUCUCUGAGCUCAACAACGAGACGGUGAUGGAGGUGGUGAGGAAGUGCAGGAACCUGACGUCCCUCAACCUCUGCCUCAACUGGACCAUCAACGACAGGUGUGUAGAGAUCAUCGCGAAGGAGGGUCGGAGUCUGAAGGAGCUCUAUCUGGUGUCCUGCAAGAUCACAGAUCACGGUAAGACUGAGAUGAGUUCGGAUGCGGACCAAAACGUAAACCCUUCGUUCUCAGAGAUACAGGGGGCGCUAGAAGGGACAAGAACUUUAACCUUUAGUCCUUCUUACUCUGUGUUUGCUUUUAUGCCGUGGUGAAGUAGUAGUUGUUUUAUUUAUUCUUCAAACUCCU